CCAAAAUUCUCUCCCUUGAAUCUCUCAUACACACUACAAAACCAACAACUAAAACCAACUCAGAGCAAAAGCUUGAUUUGAUUUUGAUACGAUGGCGAGCAUUAGCAACGAGCCAGAGCGUGAGCACAGAGACGAAGAAGAGACUGGAGCCAACGAAGAUGAAGACACCGGUGCUCAGGUUGCUCCAAUCGUCAGGCUUGAAGAAGUCGCCGUCACCACCGGUGAAGAAGACGAAGACACCAUCCUCGAUCUGAAAUCGAAGUUGUAUCGAUUCGAUAAAGAUGGAAGUCAGUGGAAAGAGAGAGGUGCUGGUACUGUUAAGUUCUUAAAACAUAGAGUUUCUGGGAAGAUUCGUCUUGUUAUGAGGCAAUCAAAAACUUUGAAGAUCUGUGCUAAUCAUCUUGUUCGAUCGGGUAUGAGUGUUCAGGAACACGCUGGGAAUGAUAAGUCUUGUGUAUGGCACGCUCGUGAUUUCUCCGAUGGUGAAUUGAAGGAUGAGCUAUUCUGUAUCCGUUUUGCUUCAGUUGAGAACUGCAAAGCAUUUAUGCAAAAGUUCAAGGAAGUAGCUGAAUCUGAAGAAGAGAAAGAAGAGAGCAAAGACGCCUCUGAUACCGCUGGUCUUCUUGAGAAGUUAACAGUGGAAGAGAAGAAAACCGAGGAGAAACCAGCGGCGAAAGCAGAGGAAAAGGAGAAGAGUGAAGCUGUUGAAGAAAAGAAAACAGAGGAGUCUGUUCCCUCAACUUAAGAUGCAUGCAUGGAUACACACACAUACGGCCAGUUUGGAGUUGAUGGGCUUUUGAUUUUGGGAUCUGCUCGAAGAGGGUUUGUGAAGUUAAGGAGAUUUGUCGGGUAAAUUGACUUUUUUGAUGUUUUGUAAAGUUUCGUCUUCUUAAGUCAUAUAAUUUGUGUUUGCUAAUCUUGUAACUCCGUGACUUGUGGUGUGAUUACUACUUCCAUGGGUUUGGUUUAUGUUUGAAAUUUGGUUCUUGUGACUUGUGGUGUUCCAUGGUGUGUUUAUAUUUUGCAAUUUAUCAAUAAUGACUGACUUAUAAA